UGGAGCUGCCCCAAGUGCUGGUCGACGGCGUCGUCUUGGGCGGAGAGAAUGAGCUGCAGGAGUUGGAAGAAGAUGGGGACUUGGACUGGAUAUUUGCGCGGGCGGCGUGCCCCUGCUGCCUGCACGAGAAGCCCCCGGAGGCCUCGAGCUGCGCGAGCUGUGGGGCGGUGUUUAGUAGUUUAGUUCCAGCAGAAGUGCAAGCAGCAGGAGGGGUGCAGCAAAUGCUGCAGGGCUACACUUACAACGCCGUGGAGGAAACAGCAGCAGCAGCAGCAGCAGCAGCAGACCGCCUCAAGGAGCGCUGGGCCUCCGGACUCCAGCCCGUCGACAUGGACUUCGAAAGCGCCAAACGCCCAGACGCAGACCCCGAAGAGCCCUAA